UCUCUCUCUCUCUCUCUCUCUCUCUCUUAGUCUCUGUGUGAUUCUACUUUUAAUCGGUUAAUUGAAUAUUCUUGUCCUUCCUUGCUUCUUUGUGAUCUCAUGUCUCUGUGUUGUUCACCUUCACCUGUUGAAUGAAUGAUGAUGCUCUUUCGCUGAACAUGAACAACCUUUGUACUAUCAAGUAUCAACCUUUGACAUGUAUGUAUGUGAUGAUGUUCGCCCUGACACGCUCACUUUUUUCCAGAAUCUCUAAGCGGAAUUUUGUACACCCAAAAUGGACAUGUUCCUUGUCUUGCAAAUAACCAUCCAAAGUUUUCCUUUUGACUACUGCAUUGGCUAUGUUACUCACCAGAAGCUAUUUUAUUGAUUUUGGGUUUUCAUGGCUCUAGAUCUAGUCCAUGGUGCGUUGACAAUUAGUUUUCAUCAUUAAGUUCUUGCAACUUAGUUCUUCCUUGGAAAAAAAAGGCAAAGGAAGUUUUCUCUUGUUGGAUUCAUUUGUUCUAUCAAAAGAAAUACUAUUACUUGUGAGUAGUUGACUUUUUGGUCCUUGCAUUCCUGCUUGAUUCAUGUUUGAAGAUGAAUGUUCCUUGUCUUAUUAAAUGUGAUAAAUAAUUUCUUUGAUUCCGAGGAAACAUGUAUAAAUAUUCCCAAAAUAUUUAUGACCAACUACGCAGAUUUUAGUCAUUCCCAAGAAUCUUAGAUUCACAGGAUUUAUGGUUCUCAAUUUCUCAUGAAUUAUGAUUCCUGGACACGAAUUUUUUUCCUUCUAUAAAAUGCCCCCUUGAUGAUUAGGAAAGAAAACUUUUUUCCCAUGGAUUGAUUGAUAGGGAAAUAGAAACAUGGCUAGCAAUUGACAUUCUACAAUGAUUUUUGUGGGGGGUCUGGUAACAAAUGUUGUAGCUGGUGGACCUACUUUUCCUGUGUUCCUUUUGCUCUCAUAUUCCUUUUUAGCUAAAUUUGAAGAUUAGUAUGUGUUGGUCUUGCACAUUGUCUACUUCCUAAAAUUUCGUUGAGAUGUGAAUUUGAAAUCUUCCUAGGUUACAUGUAAUGUUUUGAGUGUCUUACUGAUUCAACAGAUGCUGUAGCCACCAAAAUUUUCCUCUUAAAGUAGGUCAUUACUCAGAAGCCAAUAACAAUAAGUAAUGGCAUCAGCAGAAGGGAAGGCUCCUUAUACAGCUAAUUGUUUUACUCAAGAUUUCCGGAUUCCCCCGAGUUCUCCUGAUCAUCCGUCAUCAGUUUCAAAAACAAUACUAUCUGAUUGGGUUCCUAGUAAUUCUAUUAAUGAUCAAAUUCAUGCCAAUGCAGUCUGUAUCCCCCACAAUCUGAAUUCUGAUAAGCUACCAGAAAUGAAAUGGUGGCUACAUGUGAAAAGUGACUUGGGGGAUGAAGCAAAUUAUACAUGUCAACAGCUGAAUUCCUACGAGUCUGAACUUGGUACCUUCUAUUCUGAAUUUCUUAAUGGCAGCGUCAAGAGUGGGGGAGAUCAAUUGGUCAAAGACUUUGAUGCUCUUUCUAAUAUUCAAAGUGCCAAUUUAUCUAUAGAGCAGCCGUGGCAUGUUGUCUCUCCUACAUGUAUGAAAAACAACAAUACCAGAAUGCCAAAAUUUGAGGCUUCACUGAAUACUGAUUUACAUUUUACUCCUAAGAAGAAAGAUCAGGAGGAAUUCUAUUUUCAAGAUAGUCAUUUUAUGGAUUGUGAUAUUUCCAAUUUCUUGGUCUCUGAACAAGGCAAAAUGGCAUCAUCUGAUCUAGAAUCACAUUUGAUGGGAGCAGAGAAAACUGGGGCUUGGUGGCGCACCACUGGAAAAGAUGAGUUGGCUUCCUUGGUUGCUCGGAAGUCACUUGAGCAUAUUGAGAAUUGUGAUCUCCCUCAACCCCAGACUAAGCAUGUCAGUCAGAGACCCUCCUACCCAAAGGGUGUUGACCAUGAUAAUACUCCACCAUCUUCUUUGAACCGUAAAACUGAGACUGGUUCUUCCUAUGCAGAUAGUUAUACAACUGGGAUAUCCACUUCUGACUGUUCAUUUCAGGAUUCAAACAAGCAUUCCAGUCAGAGCAAAGAUUCUAGCUCAAGCACCGAAGGUUGCCAAAUAAAUUCUGAGAACGGUAGCGUGUCUGAGCUGUUGAAAGCUUUGUGUCACUCUCAAACAAGAGCAAGAGAGGCUGAGAAAGCAGCGCAGCGAGCUUACAGCGAGAAGGAGCACAUCCUGAGUCUCUUUUUUCGACAGGCUUCACAACUCUUUGCUUACAAGCAGUGGCUCCACAUGUUGCAGCUCGAGAACCUGUGUCUGCAACUCAGAAACAAAAACCAGUCAUUUCCAAAUCUCUUUCCAGCAUCCUUACCCUGGGACCCAUGCAGGGGAAGGCUGCUUAAGAAAAGUCAUAGCAAAGCUAGGAAGAGGAAGAAUAGUAACAGAAGAUGUGUGAUUACAAAGUGUGCUGUUGCUUUUGCUGUGGGAUUAGGCCUCGCUGGUGCUGGUUUGCUUCUUGGUUGGACAAUGGGAUGGAUGUUUCCUCCCUUAUAAAGGACAUUGACUAACAUCAAUUGCAGGCUUCUGCUAUGCUUUUCUGGAAUUUGAGUUCUGUUGUUGUGCUGAUAAGAUUGACACGAGUGGAUAUAUGAUGUUAAACAUGGUUUCCGUUGCCAUCAUUUGUAAAUACUCCUCAUACAUUUGAGACCAUUAGUUGUAUAUAUUUAACAUAGUGUAGAAAGAUCCACCUAUAGGAAAAAGGUUUAGUUGUUGUUGUAGUGCAGAAGGAAUACGUUUGGUAGAUUUGUAUAUUGUUUGCUUUAAAUAUCAAAUUGUACUUAGCUACUUGAACUACUUGAAAUAUGUACAAGGCCAUAUGUAGUCCUUUAUUAAUUUUUCUUUGAUCUGA